AUGUACCACCAGCACAACGUCGACAAGCUUGGGAUGCGGCAGAGGCGCGGACAGGCCGCCGAUGUGCAACCCGAGCUACCACUUGUCUCAUAUAACCAGCAACCACCCCAGCCUCCCUCUCCCCUUGCUCCUCACGGGGCGUCAAUGCCAUCCCAAAGAAUCGCUGCCUCAGCUGUCGACGAUUGGCCAGGGACGACCCUGCUGCCUACGGCACCUGCCCCAGCGUCCCCCGGCCCCGCCACCGGUCGUCUCAGUCCCCCAUCAGGCCAAACUCAACCGGCAGCGGCGCUUGCGAGCACACACUCUCUAUUCUCGCCUUUUGUGCAAUCGCAAGACCUCGGAAAGCCACUGGACAAGGGGCUGCACACUCCGUCCCGCCAGCACCCUGCCGAUGAGACGUAUCAGAGCCCUUCUGCAGAGCUGAUUGCCGCGCGGAUGCCCUCAUUGUCUCUCGAAGAGUCUUUUGUGGGACCUCACCUUCUGCCUACUUCCCGUAACCCUCUUCCCAGUCUACCACCACUUGAAAAGUCAAGCGACGUUUCGGCAUUCAAUCUCCCAGAUGUUGAGGUGGAUGCACCAUCCGCCCUUGGCGACAAGGACAGCGAGAUUUCACCAGCACCCCCUCAAACCCCAUUCGCCAACACGGUCAAGGGUGUGGGCCGAACCGGAGAGGAACAAGAGCCGGACAACAACGUUCAAGACUGGACAGUGUCACCCGAGACUGACGACGACGACGACGACGACGACGCCGCCAUGGCCAAGCUGUGGACUCGCGACACGGACUUUGUCCUCGCAAAGACCUUAUAUGUCUUUGAAGGAGAGAAGAAUUACGUGAUCUGUCACAUGUGCGUCAAUGCCCUCUACGAGGCCACGGGCAAGAAGUUCCGGUACGACCACGGUGUUGCUUGGCUGCAGAAGAGCGUCAUCGGACACCUGAGUGUCCUCGCCACCGGUGACAUUUCCGUCCUGGCCGACGAGCAGGUCGUCGCCCAGAGAUAUGGGGCCACGACCGCCGGCAAGGCCAAGUCCUUUCGUCACCGAGAGGCCAUCAAGGGUCGCCAAACGCUCGUCCUCAAAGAUGUGCUGGCGUCUAAGACCUCUGUCCGUGUCCGCGGCUGCAAGGCCCCCGGCGGCAGCGCCACCGACGUGCCGCCCGGCAGCGUCGGGCCCACUGAAGAAUACGGCAUGCGGCCUAUCCCGGCGAGCAAGCGGACUUUGAAAGAGGUCAUGCACACUGGGCCGGUCGCUGACAUCGAGCUCGUCCUUGACGACACGCUCACGCCGUUGGGAAAGCGCGAGUACCUGGUUCGAUUCCAGGGCAAGGACGAGGAGUCCGACGGCUGGGUGCCAGCGAAACGCCUUGAGCAAUCGCUGAUCGUCGACUACUGGGACUGGCGCGACCAGCAAGAUGUCGGUCAAGCCGCCGAGGGCCCAACGUCACUGUAUCGAGACUCGCCACCUCGCCGCGACGGGGCUGCCCCGGACACUGCCCCGGACUCCCGUCACAGUGCCUCCCCCGUGGCCCCGGCGUCCAUCGCCCCUGUGUCGCCGCCCCGCGACUGGGGUCUUGAUGCCGGUUCCCCCGCCACACCUGUCCCGCCCCUGCUUGUCGAACGCUCUUUUCCGCUGUCGGAGGCCCCACACCGGCCCAGCCGCUCCCCGGAGUUCGAUUCCACCCAGUAUUUUGUUGUCCCCGACGACAAGGCCACCCUCGGCAUCUUCUCGGACGAGUCUGCAGAAGCGCAGCUCUCCAACGAAGAUACCGAGGACGACGGGGACAAUACCCGCAGCUCCAGCUCCAGCAUCAACAGCAGCCUGUUGGGUUCGCGGACGGGCAGCGAGGAGCCGUUGCGUGCCGGUCUACGCAAAAGGACUGUAUCGCGCACUCGCUUGUCUCUCAGACACGGAGUCGAACGACGACAGUGGCGAUGA